AUGGAUUCCAAUAAAUCAACCCUAGGGACUGUCAAGGGUGGUAAAGGGAGACAGAAACGAUGGGCUCCUCGAGCCAGGACGGGGUGUAUCACCUGCAAAAUCCGUCGCAUCAAGUGCGAUGAAACCAAGCCAAGUUGCAAAAAGUGCGUAUCCACCGGCCGGCGCUGCGACGGCUAUGCGCCGGUCCGCCAGGGGCAGCUGCAGCAGGCACCGUCCGCCUGGGACUUCAUCUCCACCGACUCCACGGAACUCGACAGUUUUUGGUUUUUCCAAUCGGUGACCACGUCGACACUGGCCGAAUACUUUGAUCCUGGAUUCUGGUCCAAGCAGUUAUUGCAAUUCGCCCAUCACUACCCGGCUCUGCGACAUGGCAUCACUGCUCUGGCCUGCCUGCACCGAGACUAUAUCGGGCAGGAUGUCCGAUUCACGCCAGCCGCCACAAGAGAAAUCCCCAGCAAGAGUUUCGCGCUGAAGCAAUACACCAAGUCCAUCCACGCUCUAUCGCAGUUAUGCUCCAAGCCAAUCUUAACGCUCGAAGACCGAGUCGUGAUCCUGACCACCUGUGCGAUAUUCGCCUCCAUGUGCGGCAUUCAGAGCCUCCAGCACCAAGCGUACAUGCAUAUCCUCAACGGACUGAAGAUCAUCACAUCCUGGGAAGCCGAGCAUCGAGCCGUCACGGUGGGUGGCGACGAGGUGACCACCAGCAUGCUGGUUCUGAUCUUCACUCGCCUCGACUCCCAGGUCAUCCCAUACAUGUUCGCCUGCCAAGGCUCGCGCGUUUGGAUCGACCGUCAAGUCUCCCCAGGGUUCGCGGAGGCCACCUUCACUACUCUGUUCGGGGCAUACGUCUGCAUCGAGGCCAUCUACAAUAGUGUCCUUCGACUGGGCUGGAAAUUCAACAAAUGGAGCCCGAGGCAGCGCGACAUUUCGCCCGAAGAACGAGCGGUCCAACUGCAGCACUUGCAGGCCUGGGACGGGCGGCUGGCCGCGCUUCUGAAGGCUAUGCCGGCGGGAACCGACAGCUCCAGAGCAGUGGACCUGCUUAUGGUGCGACGAGCUCUGACUGGGCUGUCCUAUCAGGUGGACCUCACCCCCGGUGAACUAGCUAGUGACGACUGUAUUGCGGACUGUCUGGGGUUGCUGGAUCGCAUUACACGACUCCUGGGGGAUGAGGGUGACGACCAUGGCUUUCAGCGCAUCAAUGCCUCGUUCACGCUGGAGAUCGGGAUUGUUGAGCCUCUGUUUUGGAUGUGUGUUCGUUGUCGAAACCCAGAAAUCCGACACCGAGCGUUGAGGCUUCUCCAACGGUACCCGCGCCAGGAGGGAAUCUGUGACGGGAUUGUGGCGGCUCGUACCGUGGCAAAGGUGAUCGAGAUCGAAGAGACAGGAUGUCCCCGGGCCGGUGGGACGCCGGAAAAUAAGAGCCCGUGUGCCGCUGCUGGGAAGUGGGUGUGUGAGAACCACCGCGUCGCGAUCUGGGACUAUGUGGUGGAGUCUGCGAGUGAAGUUGCCGUGGUAUUCAAAACCGUCGAGGAUCUUGCGACGAAUGGACCGGGGAUCAAGCUGCUGUAUACGUGGUGGUGA